GCAAAGCAAAGUAGAAUCGGAUUUUGUUGAGUUGACAUUUUUGGUGCAUUCUUGGUUUAUUAUAAGAUUCAUUUUGCUAGUUCCAGUGAAGCGGUCGCGUUAUUGUUUCGUCUAUAUUAAGUGGCAAUUUUUGUAAUAUAAGAAAGUGCUUAAUUUAAGAAUAUGUGCGCGUUCCUGUACGUAAGCGCAUGCAUACAGUACGCCGUCUGCAAAUCGUUUCCAAAACAAAUAGAAAAUAUAAAUAUACAUUCGGUUAGAGAAAAUAUGUUAAAAUACAUCAAAGUGCGGUGCGGUGAAGAGCAGAUGGUGUUUUGUUAGUGCCCGUCUGCUUGCCGAGUGCAGUGCAUACAAAGGACGCGCGCAUUUUUGCGCUUCGCUGGCAAUGUGAUCAAAUGCAUUUCUCUACACUUAUUAAAUUGUUCAAAUGAAAUGCUUGUGAAAAGUAAACAAAUUUUUAGAAUUAUGAAAAUAUAAGUGAACGCAAAUAUUAAUAGUAAAUUCCAAGAAGGAAUCUGAAAAGGUAAUUGUUUUAGUUUAAAAACAAGAACGGAAAGGGAAGCCACGGAACAGCUGUACCGUACUUAAGCUGUGAUUGGUAGUUAUUUAUUGUAGGCAGUGCAGUUGUGUUGCUAUAUCUACCAGCUGUUGCGAUAAAAUGCCCGUAUGAGUUAAAGAAGUUUCAAAACGUGGACUAAUGAAAACAACCAGCAGGAAAGCUCAACGAUUUUGAAAAAAUCUGUUAUUCCAAAGGAAAAGACAACAAUAUAACCAAAACGUCAAGAUAUAGUAAAUAAACCACGCCAUUUAAUAUAUUCUACAACUCCGUCAGCAAAUUUCAACUCACCAGAUUUUUCGUUCGUUGCAACGUUCUAAUUCUGUAAUGUUAAUUAAUGCAAGUUCCAGUGAAGAAGCUGCUCGUUUUAGUAAUACCAAUUUAACAAAUAAAUUAAUCCAUAAAAAUAUAUGUACCACAGCCAAAAAUUCUGCAAGAUCCAAUCGCCUGUACAAUACCAGUGUCAGCGAACACUACCGAAUGGCGAAUGAAAUAAAAGAGACUGCUACUGUGGGGUGUCACGUCUAUGAUAAUGGCGGCGCAUUGGCACAAAGGUUGAGUGCAACGCUAGGUACUUGCUGGUGUCAUCUGCGAAAGGACCAAGUAAAGUGCGUGAAUUGUCAAAGAGCUGCAGCUGCCGCCGCGACUACGACAACAAUGGCGACAAUGACGACGAUGACCACCAAAGUCGCGGCUGAUAGCAACGAAAGCACUAUUGCUGAAGGUGAUAUUAAAGAUGAUGAUUGUUCUGAUUCUAAUUGUGAUUCCGAUUCUGAUACGGCCGAGAUAGGCAAUGUUACGGUUAAUGAAGGCGGCGAUGCCAGAUCGUCCAUUGAUUGUAAGACAGUUAUGGAGAAUGCAUUUGUCGAUAACGAAGUGACAACGGUUUUGAAUGGUGCUAAAUUUAGUCAAAUAAUGAAUAUAUUUCAAAGUAAUAUUAAUAAUGCUGCUAGUAAUUCUAAUAAAUGCAAAGAAGCGUCUGCAAAUGCUUAUGUUAAUAAGAAUUAUGGGAAAACUGUUUAUAAUAAGAAUAAACGUAAUAGUAAUAGUGAUACAAUAGUGUUUAGUGAACGUAGUCUAAAACUCGCAACUAUAAAUUUAAGCCAAAAUAGUAGUAGUAGUAGUAAUUUGAUUGAAUGCAGUAGUGAAGAAAUCAAAUCUAAUGUGCAUGGUACAAAAAGAAAUUCAACGCAUACUGACGAAGCAAUACCUAGUAGUGAGUUUUGCGCACAAAGUGACACUUUUGCUUCAGCGCGUGCGCAACUGCUUGCCUUCUGGCUGACAUUUGUUGCUUUUUGUGAUGCGGUUACUAUUAAACAUGACGAUCCGAGGCUCAAAGAUGCACGGCGACGUCAAGAACGGGAGAAAUCCAGCAAGGAGCAACAAAAGAAAACAACAGACGCCCAAACGCUGCCUGACAACGAGAAUGAUACUACUAAAGCAAAGCCGGCGCGACAUUUAAAGUUGCUGACCAAUCGCAAGCUAAUACUUCUAUUUGUUGUAUGUGUGUUUUUCUCCUGCUUGAAUCGCAUUGAAGGCCGUCCGAAUAGUUUGCCGCAACAAAAUGUGAUUACCGAUGGUUCAGCCAUCACUUUACCGACCCCAGCGGCUGUUGUCGCUGCUACAACCUCAAAGGCGGCCAGGCAGGACGAAGGCGGUGCAACAACUGCACGUUUAUCGGCCGGUGCUGGUGACAGUGAUGGCAAUAAAAUUGCACUGCAAACAAACGCAAUAGCACCAGAACCUACACCUAGUGAAAAGCCAAAGGAAGUCGAUACACAUAGACCACCGAUAAUGAUUUCAGCACACGACGACGAUGAUCCAUAUGCGCACAGACCAGAGCGCUAUCCGCUCUCGCAAGUUGAUUUUGACAGAGUGAAAACGCCAUUUAUAAUCGGUAUUUGGAUACUAUCAGCGAGCAUAGCGAAAAUUGGUUUUCAUAUGACACCGAAAUUGCACCUCAUUUUCCCCGAGUCAUGUUUGCUUAUAGUUGUUGGUGUUAUUAUUGGUUUUGUAUUGUAUUUCUGCACGGAUGUCGCCGUCUCCCCGCUUACACCCAACACAUUCUUCUUCUAUAUGCUGCCGCCGAUUAUCCUUGACGCGGGCUACUUUAUGCCAAAUCGCUUAUUCUUCGAUAACCUGGGCACAAUCUUAUUGAUGGCUGGAAUUGGCACUGUUUUCAAUACGGCAACAAUUGGUUUAUCUCUUUGGGGCUGCGGUCUGACUGGUAUGUUUGGACCAGAAGUGCCACGGUUUUUGGACACUUUCCUGUUUGCUGCGCUUAUUUCUGCUGUUGAUCCUGUAGCUGUUUUGGCAGUUUUCGAAGAGAUCCACGUUAACGAGGUGCUGUAUAUAGUGGUGUUUGGCGAGUCGUUGUUGAACGAUGCUGUGACAGUCGUAAUGUAUCAUAUGAUGGAAGUAUACAACGAAAUCGGCAUAUCAAAUAUAAUAGCUCAAGAUAUUGCUAGUGGUGUAGGUUCAUUCUUUGUUGUUGCCAUUGGCGGAACUGUUAUUGGCAUCAUUUGGGGCUUCCUUACUGGUUUGGUGACACGUUUCACCGAUCACGUGCGCGUGAUCGAACCAAUAUUUAUCUUCGUAAUGGCAUACUUGGCAUACCUCAAUGCGGAAAUAUUCCACAUGAGCGGUAUUCUGGCUAUAACCUUCUGUGGCAUCACAAUGAAAAACUAUGUUGAAGCGAAUAUUUCACAAAAAUCACAUACAACAAUAAAAUACGCACUCAAAAUGUUAUCCAGUUCAUCUGAAACAAUCAUAUUCAUGUUCCUUGGUGUAGCAACAGUCAACAAUAAUCACGUGUGGAAUACUGCCUUUGUGCUGUUGACUAUCACAUUUUGUUCGGUGUAUCGUGUGUUCGGCGUUGUGAUAUUAUCUGCAUUAGCGAAUCGUUUCCGAUUGCACAAAUUGUCACGUGUCGAUCAGUUUGUUAUGUCCUAUGGCGGCUUGCGUGGUGCGGUCGCUUUUGCAUUAGUGCUGCUGGUUGAUGAACGGAUUGUCAAGCAGAAGGAUAUGUAUGUGACAACCACAAUAGCGGUGAUUUAUUUUACCGUUUUCCUGCAAGGCAUAACGAUAAAGCCGCUAGUAAAGAUGUUGAAUGUGAAGCGAGCAAGCAAGCGGAAGCCAACAAUGAAUGAGCGCAUACACGAACGAUUCAUGGACCACUUAAUGGCCGGAAUUGAAGAUAUAAUCGGAAAGACUGGCAAUUAUAAUGUGCGUGAUAAAUUCAAGCGUUUCGAUAACCGCUUUAUCCGGCCGCUGGUAAUCAGAGACUUAAAGGGUGCUGAACCUAAAAUCAUUGAAACGUAUUCGAAACUCACGAUGCGUGAUGCUAUGGAGGUGAUGCGUCGUAAUCCAUCAACCAUCGGACAAAUAACGGCCACCGAAUCGAUGAGUGCACUGUUCCGAAAUUACACCAGCAAUUGCAUUGGUGGAAGGUGGGCACCGCCAACUAUUUACACAACAUGUCCAAGCCUUACCAAUCUGGACAACAGUUGCUCACGAAAUCUUGAUAUGCAUGAGCUGGACUACAAUCCGUCGAAGAAGGAUCUUACAGAUGCAAAAAUACACCAUCUGCUUGCCGAAGAGCUGAAACCAUAUAGAAGGCACCGCCGCCUUAGUUAUAGCCGACACGCAGUAGACGACAGAGAUUUGUCUACGCAGGUAAAUUACAAAAUGCAAAUGAACUUCCGACGAAUGUUCAACGAUCGGAAACAUCACAAGCGCAGCAAACGCGGCACGAGCAAGCAACCAGACGGCGUUAAACAGAAUCACGUCUCUUUCCACGACUUCCAACAGAAUGGCACAACGAAACAAUUUACGCAUGGAGAAGAUAAUCUGAGUAAACUGAACGAGGUGACUGUGGUUAGCGGCGAGGAUUGGGAUGACGGUUUGACAUUUACGGCAAAGUCUUCGCCGGACUCGGAUCGAGCCAAUAAUAAUUCACUUAUAGCGCACAUACAGAACUUACCCGGUUUCGAUGCAUCGAAGGCGCGCAUCGUACAACAUUAUUCGACAUCAAAGAGUGAGAAUGGCAGCCCGGAGAAAUUGUUAACACCCGACGUGGGUCCGACAGCGGCCGAAUCGAUUUUGCCUUGGCGACGGGAUCGUUCCUACCAGUGCAUUGUUGCCGAGAAUCCUAUACCCGAGGAGGAUCACAAUAUCUCACGUGAUUCAGAUGGUGAACGGCGUGUAGCAACACCUACCGCUACAGAAUCGCAGUUGCCGUGGAAACGGCAGGGAGACGAACUGUCAGACGCAGUGCAGCAGAACGAAUUCCCCGCUUGGGCUUCGAACAAGGAGUAUUUGGCAUAUAAUUCCCCCAGCGCCACAUUUUUGGGUGGCAUAAACAAACCUAAACAGCCCAAGUCUGUCAUAGGUUUAUUUCGACGCGAGAGUUGCGGCUCGAGAGGUGGCAGCAGUCUGGGCGAUCCAACAGAUGGCGCUAGUUCAGCACGUGGCUCAGACCCCACAUUGGCAAAUGCAUUGAUUAGUGGCCUACCGCUGAUGCCGUUAAUACAACCGCCGCAUGCGAAUCCCCGUCUUGAUAAGCGCUCACAAUCGAUUUCGGUAGCCACAUCCGGCGGCCAUGGUGGCAUCGGUAUUAAUAUUGGCGAUUUAGCACAUUCGGGUCCCUUCCCCGUAACGGCCAGCCAUAGGCGUAAUGUGCGGCGUGGUUCAAUGUUGGAGUUAAGUGGACUAAUUGUAACUGGACGCAGGCCAAGUAGAGUCUUACAAUUUAAUUCAACAUUACAAGACAUUGCAAGCGCAUUAACUACCACAACCACUUCUAAUAAUACCACCACUAAUUCCACUGCUAUUAUAAAUACAACUAUGUGUAAAACUACAACUACAACGAUCACUGCUACGACCACUACGACUAACAAUGCGACCACUCUAAUAGAUAAUUAUAAUAUUACUUCCAGUUUAGCUACUAAAAGUUCUGAUAACGCUUCCAACACCACCAUUACUGCUACUAUCAAUACUACCACAACAACAACAACGACAACUACUACUACCGCUACUACUAAUAAUUCCCCCAAAAAGGCUCCUGCUACUCCAACAAGCAUUUGUUUUGCCACCCCAGACUCUUCAAAUGCUACAACACCCUCAACAAUAAUUGACAAUAGCCCUAGUAGCUAUUAGUAGUUGCUCUUCUGCUUUAAAGUUCAUGCAAAUGCGUUUAAUAAAUUAUUUCAUUAACCUUCGAAAAGUGUUUACAGCCAGCUGUACGAGUAAAUCGCUUAACCGCUAUAAAAUGCAUAACAUACAAAUUUAAGAGUAAAACAUGUGCAUACAUGCAUUAACAUACGGUAACAUAAUAUGUACAUAAAAUAAGUGUGGAAGAAGUGUGGUGAAUAUACUAUGUACAAAGGUUUUAGUACUUUUAUAGGAAAUGCGGUUACUUUCGAUACAUAUUUACAUAUGUAUACGAGUAGUAUAAUACGUACCUGUAAAUAUUAAUUAAAUUUACCAAAACAUUUUCAAAUAAAAUUUAAUAGGAGGUAAUGUUAUUUGGCUACUAAUGAAUGUACUUUAGAGAUUGUUUUUUUUUUUCUUUAUUGUUUUUGGUUU